AAAGGAAUAAAAAGGAAAAAAGAAAAUGUGAGCUGCCGCAAGUAGAAACCGGAGAGCGGCUAUCAACUGAAUCGGAGAGGAGGCUUCUUCGAUUUCCGCCAUGCCUUCAUCGCCCAAGCUUUUUCACUCUCGCCAUUCCCCCACUUCUCCAUUCUACUCUAGCAGAUCCUCCCUCUUCCUUCUCUCCUUUUUUCUUCUCAUCGGAAUUUCUGGCUUCAUCUUCGUCCUCACUUUUUUCUUCACUCCUCAUCUCCCUUACAAUUGCUCCAACCGUCAACCCAGAACCGUCAGAGUCGUUUGGGACAAAGCGCCUGAUUCUGGUGCUUCUGUUACUACUGGUAGUGAUGCGAAGCGCCAUAAAGUGAUGGGCUUUGUUGGGAUCCAAACUGGGUUUUCAUCUGUUGGUCGCCGGCGAUCUUUGCGAAAUACAUGGUUGCCUUCUGAUCGGGAAGGACUUCAACGUUUGGAAGAAUCCACUGGCUUGGCCUUCAGGUUUAUAAUUGGAAAGACAAGUAAUAAGGCGAAAAUGUUGGAACUCAAAAAGGAGGUAGCAGAGUACGACGAUUUUUUGCUAUUGGAUAUUGAAGAAGAGUAUAGUAAGCUACCUUAUAAAACGCUAGCGUUCUUUAAAGCUGCAUAUGCACUAUAUGAUUCUGAAUUUUACGUCAAAGCUGAUGAUGAUAUAUAUUUAAGGCCAGAUCGCCUUUCACUUCUACUUGCUAAAGAACGAUCACACUCUCAAACUUAUAUUGGCUGCAUGAAAAAAGGCCCAGUUUUCACAGAUCCGAAGUUGAAAUGGUAUGAGCCACUGUCCCCUUUGCUUGGAAAUGAGUACUUCUUUCAUGCCUAUGGUCCAAUAUAUAUCCUUUCGGCUGAUGUUGUUGCAAGCUUGGUUGCUCUUAAAAAUAAUAGUUUCCGGAUGUUCAGCAAUGAGGAUGUAACAAUAGGUGCUUGGAUGCUCGCUAUGAAUGUUAAUCAUGAGAAUGAAAAAGCACUCUGUCAACCAGACUGUACGCCAACAUCUAUUGCAGUAUGGGAUAUCCCCAAGUGUUCAGGACUUUGUAAUCCAGAAAAGAAACUGUUGGAACUUCACAAUAAAGAAAGCUGUACAAAGAGCCCAACUUUACCGUCUGAUGAUGAUUCAUGAGAAUCCCCAUUUCUCAAGGGAGUCGAGCAGCAUCCACCAGGGGAGGUUCUGUGUAGUCCCAAGCAUAUAACGUCAGUUUCACCCCCUUUAAUCUUCUAGUAUGUAUUUUUGGAAAAGAUAUCUAUAUAUUCUUCCUGAUUCUAGCGGGGUGGCUUUAGAAAUAGAGUUAUAGAGCAAUAGGAAAUGAACAGUUAAUUAGUUUUUGUGAUCAAAUUAUUAUGUCAUUCCGAGUUCUCUCAUUUUUUGGCAUCUAAGGCCCAUUUACUUCUGCAGAGUUGUAAAAUUGAGCACACCUUCCACUACCCUUUUCCUUUCUUUAUUAUUAUGGCUGGCUGGCUUACAUGCUUCUGAGUUUAAAAUA